AUCACUGUGGUGGUGGACUCAUUUUGGCAGUUGGAUUGCUUUCGUGGUGGGAUCGCUAUUGGUGGUUGCAUCACUUUUGGUGGUAGGAUCGCUACUGGUGGUUGAACCACUUCUGGUGGUUGAACUGCUGUUGGUGGUUUUAUCACUUUCGGAACUUGGAUCUGUUUGGCGACUGGAUCACUUUCAUCACUCGGAUUGCUUUUGGCACUUGGAUCUGUUUGGUGACUGGAUCACUUUCUGUGGCAAGAAGGAGGAGGAGAAAGGCUGCUGGCUGCCCAUCCCUCCAACAUCAUCUCCGGACAGAAGAGCUCCCGUCUUCCCACAUCCAGUUCAGUGUUUUCGGGCAGAGCAGCAGCGAUGGCCACACGUGGACUGCUGGAGAUGCUGAACGCCGCCAUGGGGACACCCCACUUGGGGGUUGUCGACUUGGUGGCACUGCACAAAUUGCUUGAGGCCAUCAUCGGGCAGCUGGGCCAGCAGGAGCUGUCUGUCCUGGAGCCAGAGCAGAGCCCGACCCCCGGCCUGGCAAAGGAUCAGGACAGCAAGGCCCAGCCUGGCCAGGAGAAGGAGGAGGAUGGAGCCCUGGGCACAGGGCAGCACCUCUGGAAACCAAAGCAGCAGCUGGAUGAGAAGGACACGCUGGAGGGGACCGGGAGCAACUCCAAGGUCUCCUCCGUGGCCAAGGAGGCCAUGCCAAAAACAACGGAAGAGGAGAAGAGAGAUGUCCCCAAGAAAAGGGCUUCGCUCCAGGACCUGUGGGAGGAGAUCAGCAAGUUUAAGGAGGCGCAGUCCAGCCUGGAACAGGACGUGCGGGAGAUGAAGGAGGCCAUGCAGGAGGCGCAUUCUGGCCUGGAACAGGACAUCCAGGAGGUGAAGGAGGCGCAUGUUGGCCUGGCAGAGGACAUGCAUGCCCUGCAGGAGGCGCAUUCCGGCCUGGCGGAGGACAUCCAGGAGAUCCAGGAGACGCUUGGCCUGGAGGGUGGUGGGGGCCAGUCUGCCCCCGCUGAGCCCACCCAGGUGGCCAUGGACAGCCAGGCCAGGAGGAGCUCAGCACUGGAGCCAAAGGGACGUGGGACACAGCCUGGGAUGGAGACCAGCAAGGGGACUGCAGGGUCUGGCUCCCCGGGGAUGCAAGCAGGGAUACAGGGGCAACCAGCGACCCCUGUGAAGUUGUCAGGCGCUCCCUCCAUUCACAAGAGGUCUAUUGGUGCCAGCGCCACCACCCCGGGGAUGCAGCCAGGAUCCCCGGGCACCCAGGCCAGCACCUCCCUGGGGACACAACCAGGGGCCCCUGAUGCCCAGGCCAGCACCGCGGGGAUGCAGGCAGGAUCCCCUGGGACCCACACCACCACCCCUGGGGUGCAGCCUGGGUCCUCCAGCUCCAAAGCCACCAUCCCAGGGGAUGCCCAAGAGCCGGCCAAGCCCUGGGGCUCCACCAGCACCUCAAGCUACGAGUCGGAGAUGCGGGAGGUGCUGUCACAGGUUGGGCAGCUCGGCCAGCUCUGCGCUGGUCUGAAGGAACAGGUGGAGCAGCUUAAAUCUACAAAAGCAGAAAGCGCAGAUCUUGAGGACGUGCGCCGGCUCUUCCCAAAGGGAGGCCGGCAGAGCAUCACCAGCAUCCUGGCCGACCUCAGGUGCCAGGUGUCCUUCCUGCAGGACAUGGCCAGGGCCCUCCACGGGGAGAAGGAGAAGAUCAGCAAGGUGGAGGAUGCUCCCAGAAAGACGAGGGGGUCUGGAGCCGGUAGGAAAGCAGACGGCAGUGGCCAGAUGACCCAACAGCCGCGGCCCAAGGGACAGAAGGUCAAGGCAGAGCGCAAGGAGCUGGGGAAGCAGCAGGAGCCAACCCAGGCCGAGCUGGAGCAGUUUGCGGCCAAGUACGUGAAUAAGUUGGUGAUGGAGGCAGCACAGCAGCUGCAGGCAGAGCAGGUGGACGAGCCGAGGACGACGGCGCAGAGCGGGGGACACGAACACGCAGGGUGCCACGUCUGCAGCCCGGACACCAGGGUGCUGCUGGGGAAACUCCUCCAGCGCUGCGAGAAGCUCGAGGAGCAGGUGGAGUCCCUGGUCCAGAAGGCGGGCAGCAAGGUGGAGAGUCAUCCGAAGUGGAGGAGACAGUCCCUGCAGCAGGACGAGCAACUCAAGUGCCUCCAGGCCAGCAUCAUGCAGCUACAAAAGGACUAUGAGAAGUUGAGCUCGGCCCUUGCAUACCUCCAGCAGGAUCGUCAGCAGAAGCAGAAUGACAUCAAGGCUCUGUCCCAGGCCCUGGGGAGGCUGGAGAAGAAGCAAGCAGACAAGGAGGAGAUGCUGGUGCUGGGAAUCGAUGAGAAAGCAGACAAAGCCGCCCUGGCUGACAAAGUCAGUCGCAGCCAGCUUGAGGCGUGCGAGGAGCGGCUGACCAAGAUGAUGGAGGAGGUGACGAGCCAGGUGACGGGCCAGGAGAAGGGCUGGCACCAGUUCCAGCGAGAGCUGCAGAGACAGAUGGACUGCAAGCUGGACCGCCGGGAGCUGGGGGCGUUCCGGCAGCAGCAGGAGGAGCGGUGGAAGAGCCUCAGCGGGCAGCUCCAGGAGAAGGCGCUGCAGGCAGAGCGUGACGAUGCCGCUGGGAUUAGGAAGCAGCUGCUGCCCGGUUUCCAUUGCCUGUCCUGUGACCGGCCCCUCAACAUGCUGGCACCUGGACCGGAGCGGACGGGCGAGUGUAGAUACCCCACUGUUCCGCGGAGCUGCGGAGGCCCACACACCGUCACGCCCCCGCGUUUCCAGCCCAAACCGCCCAGCACCCCACGGCCAUCCAAACCCAGUGCCCGCAGCCCCAACAAGAAGGACGCGAUGCAGCUGUCGGGCCAGGACGGCACUGAUGGGAACCAGCAGGACGAGCAGCUCUCCAUGAUGGGGGGCUCUGAGCUGCCCACAAUGCCAAGGGCCACCCCAGACACCCCGACCUCCAGGAACCGGCCAAGCACCCGCUCCUCGCUGAGAUCAGCCGUGCUGCAGCACCUACCAGUCUCGUCUCCCAGACGCUUCACCCUGGCACCGCAGCUGCUGCCGCCCAUCCCGCCCCCCCGCCGUGAACCAACCCCCUGACAGCCGGGCAGGACGGGGUCCCGGCCCCGGUCCCACCGCCCCGGGCACUGAGCAGGCAGCGGCUGCAAUAAAUGGCGAUGGGAAACCAA